GUUAUCAAAAUAACUGUAACAGGGACAGCCAUUAAGCAGAUGUCAGUAUUUUAUUUCUAAUCGAUUAGUCUCCGAUAUGACCUUACGCCUCGUAGCAUUGGCUUGUGGAGCUUUUUUAUCUAGUUAGCACUUUAAAAGGCGUUGCUCAUCGAUUUGUUGCCUGUAGCCUUUUCCUACCGAAAGGCUAGGCUACAUCACAAGUCUACACCUUGCAGCCUUAUUGUGGUGGAGUUGUGAAUCGUCGGUAUGGAGGAUCACGCAUUAUAUUCAGCACCAUCAACACCUAAGCCAACAGAUAACGAGCCCACAUCACCGGUGACAUCAAGCCUUGUACUGGGUUCCGAAUUAACUUACAAAAUGUCUGAUGGAGAAACACGCCAGUUCAUAAAGUUAAGAGUAUCUAACAAAAAACUUUUCACUGGGCAGAAGCAUUCAGCAAAACUGGCUUGGAGGGCAAUUUUAAAGGAGAUGGGUCUUCACAGAAAGCUGUCCUCUGUCCAAGCAAAGAAGAAAUGGGAUAACCUUCAAAAUAAAUACAAGGACCUAAAGAACCCGCCGCCCGGUGUCACGGUCAUCCCCAGCACCUGGCGCUGGUUUUCAGUGAUGGACGAUGCCAUGGAGGGGCGGUUGGACAACAGCGCCCCAGAGGUGUCCAUUGCGUCCAUUGCGGCCAGCCGCGACUCAGAUUUCAAACCCAUCAAGCCCUGCCGUAGACGGUACUUCAGCACCGUCAGGAUGGAGCCUGUGGCAACGCAGCCAGCGGCAAUGCAGCCAGCGGCAGUGGUGACGUUGCUGCCGCGAAAAAACGAGAUCGAGUUCUUGGUGAACGACAACGACAUCCUAUGGACACCGGAAGGCACUGCGGGGGAUGCAAUGCAGCAGGAGAUGGAGAGCGACAGGCGGGAUAUCGAGCAGGAGAGGGCGCAGCUGGACAGCGACUGGGGGCUUGUGGAGAAGGAGCGUGAGGUGCUGGAGCGUGAGAGGAUGGUGCUGGAGCACGAGCGCGCCGGCCUACAGAGAGAGCUCGCCGCCCUGGACCGAGACCGGGCCGCCCUCGAGAGAGAAAGGGCGUCCGUAGAGAGAGACAGGGCAGCGGUGGAUCGGGAGAGAGCCGUGCUGGAGAAGGAGAGGGCAAGACUGGAGAGUGACAGGCUAGCGACUGGCCUCAAUAAUGUGGUCAGCAGCAGGGACUAUACAACUGUUGGAAUGAAUGGUAGAACAAACACGUCAGAUGGGAUCAGGCAAGUGACCCUUGAUCCAGAAUGUCUGGACAGGAGGCAGAAGUUCCUGGACUUGUUUGAGAAACUCAUAGAGAAAUUCUGAUUCUCUAAAUCUAAGUCUUUUUUCUUUUUCUAAUUAUAAUAUUUAAAAACUCUAAAACCAAGCUAGGCUAAAGGUACUAUAGGGUGGAGUGAUUGUUACUCUCAAGUUCUUAGCUCAUUUAACAGUUUUGUUAAGGUGCCCUGCCACACAUAUUCCAUUACUUUGUGGUAAUGUCUGAAGUUCCGCCAUGGAUUCUGUAAAAAUUUUUGUGGAAAACAUGCCUUGGUUAUCUUGUUUCAAGCCAUUCUAGCGUGGUAUAGAAAGCCUGCAGGAAGACUCGAAGGCUCGAUUUGCACCAGUUCUCAUUAAUAUUCAACGAGCUAAGUUGCUUGACUCUGAUUGGCUAACAGCUGGUCAGUUUCGUCCAUAACAUGACAGCUGUUAUCAACUAAUUUGGCAUGAACUUAG